CAUGAAAGGGUUUGCGGGCGUCCCUGUCACUCUUAUGUUGGUAUUGAUAGGGGUGAGCGAGAUAGAAAUGGUGCCCGAAGCAAUGAAGCAGUUGACUGGUGGAUUCCUCAAGGUUUUAGAUCAAUGUAAGAAAGAGUUGAACCUAUCAGACGGCGUGAUCUCGGACCUGUACCACCUGUGGAAGGAGGAGUACGACCAAAUCAGCCGCGACGCCGGCUGCGUCAUCCACUGCAUGAGCCAGAAGCUGGAGCUAUUGGGCGGAGACGGGAGGAUGCACCACGUCAACAUCAAAGACUUCGCGCUGAAGCAUGGGGCCGGAGAUGAAAUAGCGACCCAACUAGUGACACUAGCGCACGAGUGCGAGAAACAGAAGGCGUCGAUCGAAGACGACUGCGAGCGAACCCUGGAGAUGUCCAAGUGCUUCCGCAGCGACGUCAAGCAGGUCGACUGGACGCCCAAGAUGGAGGUCAUCAUCACCGAAGUUAUAGAAGUUUGAUGAAGAAUAUUUAAAGAAUUAGUUAAAUAUUUUCAAUAAACUGGAUCACAAUUUAA